AUAUUAACUGUUUUCUUUAAUAUUGUGGAGAUCAAGUCUAACGUAGGAAGUGCGGUAGAUAUUCCCAUUUUGUAAUAUGGGGAUGGGUUUUGGAAACUACUAAAUAUAUAUUUUCAUUCCAUUUCUCAAAUUUUGUACGGAUACAAUGCCGACGCAUUGUUUCAGGACUGGUGGGAUUUAGAAGCUGUGACAACUGUGACUCCAGAUUCGAUCGGAAAAAGCCGUUCGUGUCUCUUGACUAUCUGGCAGUAUAAUGAUUGUCCGUAUUUUUGUUAUUUUAACUUCUAGAUUUACUUAAGUAAAAUAUCAUUAAGAAGAUAUAGUAGCAGAAAAGCCGGUAACACGUUUGUUUUCUAACCGUCGUUUCCUUUCAUGGUUACAAGUUGCGUUGUAGGUAAGAUAAACCUUUUGGGCGUUAAAUCGCUAGUACUAAAUAUCAAGUCUUUGGUGUAGACAAAGCUUGCCUCGCAAAUAAUACAUUAUUUGUAAAAUAAAAACACAGGGUCUUGCUUCAAGGGUAAUUGUACUACACUGAAGCAUAAUAAACUAGCUAUUUAAAGACGGCUACCGACAAAAUGCCUUAUGUAAUACUCGCGUAAUACUAAUCCGUGAGAAUAUUCUGUGGAUAAGCGUUUUAUAUGUUAUUGCCAAAUUGUAUCCUUUAUCUUUCUGUCUGGGGAAAAGUUGCCUGUUAAACGCCUCGUCCUGGGUUUACCGAGAGAGGAAACUAAAUGCACGGCUUCAAUGGAUAUUUAUGAUAUGGAUAAUAAUACUGAAAACACUAUUAACAAUUAAAAUUUUGCAGCAUUAAGUGCAGGAUCAGUGGUGUACUACACGUGGGUAAUAGUAAAAGUUUUGGCAUAUUAGUCAGUAGACGCAGAAAUACGGGGGAAGUAAUGGGGAUGGAGGGCGCCAGGCAUCGGGGGAGCGCAGCUGCCGUGAACGGAGACGGAUCCUCGAACUCCGGAAAGGACACCGGGGGCGGCGGUGUGGCGCUCAAGAAAGAGAUCGGCCUCGUCAGUGCCUGUGGCAUUAUUGUAGGUAACAUCAUUGGGUCAGGGAUCUUUGUGAGCCCAAAGGGAGUUCUGGAGAAUGCAAGUUCAGUGGGCCUGGCGCUGAUCGUUUGGAUCGUGACUGGAAUCAUCACAGCCAUCGGGGCAUUGUGUUAUGCUGAGCUGGGUGUCACGAUCCCAAAGUCUGGUGGAGACUAUUCCUAUGUGAAGGAUAUCUUUGGAGGACUCGCUGGAUUCCUGCGCCUAUGGAUCGCCGUGCUUGUGAUCUACCCCACCAACCAGGCUGUGAUCGCUCUCACCUUUUCUAACUACGUCCUGCAGCCCCUCUUCCCGACAUGCUUUCCGCCCGAGAGCGGGCUCCGCCUGCUGGCCGCCAUCUGCCUGUUGCUGCUGACAUGGGUGAACUGCGCUAGUGUGCGCUGGGCAACGCGUGUCCAGGACAUUUUCACCGCUGGAAAGCUGCUGGCCCUGGCCCUCAUCAUCAUCAUGGGCAUCGUGCAGAUCUGCAAAGGGGAGUACUACUGGCUGGAACCAGCCCAUGCCUUUGAGAGUUUUCAGGACUAUGAUGUUGGCCUGAUUGCUCUAGCCUUCUUACAAGGCUCCUUCGCUUAUGGUGGUUGGAAUUUCCUCAAUUAUGUCACAGAAGAGCUUGUUGAUCCAUACACGAACCUGCCGCGAGCCAUCUAUAUCUCAAUACCUCUUGUGACGUUUGUUUACGUCUUUGCCAACAUCGCUUACGUGACGGCAAUGAGCCCCCAGGAGCUGCUGGCGUCCAAUGCAGUCGCUGUGACAUUUGGUGAGAAGCUACUGGGAGUGAUGUCAUGGAUCAUGCCCAUCUCUGUGGCUCUUUCUACAUUCGGGGGGGUCAAUGGAUCCCUCUUCACUUCGUCCCGGCUGUUUUUCGCAGGAGCAAGAGAAGGUCACCUUCCAAGUCUGCUGGCAAUGAUUCAUGUAAAACGCUGCACACCAAUCCCAGCUCUCCUCUUCACUUGUGUGUCUACCUUGCUGAUGCUCUGCACCAGUGAUAUGUACACACUCAUCAACUAUGUGGGUUUCAUAAACUACCUCUUUUAUGGAGUCACUGUAGCUGGACAGAUUGUUCUGCGCAUCAAGGAGCCAAAUAUGCAUCGGCCGAUAAAGAUUAGCCUGAUUUGGCCAGUUAUCUACCUGCUCUUCUGGGCGUUCCUGCUCAUCUUCUCUCUGUAUUCAGAGCCAGUGGUGUGUGGUAUUGGUCUAGCAAUUAUGCUCACUGGUGUUCCAGUCUACUUCCUUGGUGUGUACUGGGACAAAAAGCCCCAGUGUUUCAACACAUUUGUCGACAAGCUGACUUAUGUAGGCCAGAAAUUUUGCGUGGUGGUUUAUCCAGCGGAGGAAGAGGGCUCAGACGGAGCUGAGAAAGAUGAGAGUUUUCCCCUCUCUGAGAAAGUGGAGGAUGAUGAAAAGGCACAGAAACAGGAGUGCUGAGCGGAAAAGCUCCCUCAACUGGGAGGAUUGUUUUGUACCACUAUGACAAUAGAUACAUGCUAAUUACUGUUUAAAUUGUAUUUUUGUCUUCAUGUGUUUGUCUGUAACAGCGCUGUCAGAUAGGAUGAUGGGUUUGGGUCAACAUGUUUAGCUUUGUUUAUAAAUGUAAACAGAUCUACUGUUUAGAUGUGGGCCCGGAUUUCACAUCUUCUGCAGCAUCUUUAUCACUGUCAGAAACCAGUCUAUAUGUAUAAAUUAAACUGGCCGAACUAUAAA